AAGGAGAGGUACAGACCUUUACCGCCUACUUCAUAUCAGACUGUAAAGGAAAUGAUCCAAGAGAUGAAGGACUCUAAUGUAAUCCGGGACAGCCGUAGUCCGUGGGCUGCACCCCUGGUCCUUGUAAAGAAGAAGGACGGUGGUAUCCGUUUCUGUGUGGAUUAUAGGAAAAUUAAUCAAAUAACCCACAAAGAUGCAUACCCACUGCCACACAUUGAGGAGUCACUAACUGCUCUGGGCUCCUCUGCCUAUUUCUCCACAUUGGACUUGACCAGUGGCUACUGGCAAGUACCCAUGGCCCCUGCAGAUAGAGAAAAGACUGCCUUCACUACUCCCAUGGGCCUGUUCGAAUUCAAUUGUAUGCCGUUCGGGCUAUGUAAUGCCCCAGGAACUUUCCAGAGACUAAUGGAACGGUGUUUGGGUCACAAAAACUUCGAAACAGUGCUGCUGUAUCUAGAUGACGUCAUUGUGUAUUCAAAAACAUAUGAAGACCAUCUGAAACAUUUGGCAGAAGUAUUUGAAAUCCUUAUCAAAUAUGGCUUGAAGGUAAAGCCAUCCAAGUGUCACCUGCUCAAACCUGCAGUAAGAUACCUGGGGCAUGUAGUAAGCGGAGAGGGAGUGCAACCUGACCCUGAUAAAUUAGCAGCUGUCCGUAAUUGGCCGGUUCCUACUACCGUCAAAGAGGUGAGGAGUUUUCUUGGUUUUGCCGGCUACUAUAGACGUUUUAUCCCCCAUUUUGCUCAAAUAGCUGAUCCUAUCCAGGAACUCUUGAGGGGGCAACCCAAAAAGAGUCCUAGAACUCCUGUGCCCAUUGAGUGGAAUGAGAAAAGAGAGAUAGCGUUCCAAUUGCUAAAAAAGAAACUGACCGAGCCUCCAGUGUUAGGUUAUCCAGAUUAUAGCAAGCCCUUCCAUCUCUAUACUGAUGCUAGCAAGCGAGGCCUGGGAGCUGUGUUAGCCCAGAUCCAAGAGGGAAAAGAGAGAGUGAUAGCAUAUGCAAGCCGCUCCCUGAAAGGAGCUGAGAAAAAUGACCAGAAUUAUAGUUCCUUCAAACUAGAGUUCCUGGCAUUAGUGUGGGCGGUGACAGAAAAAUUCAAGGAUUAUCUAGCCGCCACCCCGUUCAUUGCAUUCACUGACAAUAACCCUCUGGCGCAUCUAAAUACAGCUAAAUUGGGGGCCUUGGAGCAGAGAUGGGCCUCUCGCCUUGCCAACUAUAAUUUCUCUGUAAAGUAUCGUGCUGGACGUACUAAUGAUAAUGCUGAUGCUUUAUUUGGGGUCCAAAAGACUGAGGCUACUAUCCGCCAGCGGUUUUACUGGGUGGGCAUGAGAGAAGACAUGGAAAAGUGGUGUCGAGAGUGUGUAGCCUGUGCCUUGAAACGAAGUGAGCACCAUGAUCAGAGGGCACCACUAAGACCCAUUGUAAGUACCCGUCCUCUUGAACUUGUCGCCAUCGACCAUGUAAAACUGGAGCCUAGUCGCUCAGGGUAUGCUUAUGCCAUGACUAUUAUUGACCAUUUCACAAAGUUUGUUGUACCAGUGCCUGUGAGAGACCAGACAGCCAAGACUACAGCCGAAAUGUUCUGGAAGCACUUCCUCCUACCCUAUGGAUGUCCAGAAAAGAUCCUCACCGAUCAAGGACCUGCUUUUGAGUCCCAUCUGUUCCAUGAACUGUGCCGCUUACACAACUGUAAGAAGAUCCGGACGACGGCCUACCAUCCUCAAGGUAACGGAUUAUGUGAAAAAAUGAAUCAGACCUUGAUAGAGAUGCUGAGGGCCGUGCCUCCUGAAAACAGAGGAGAUUGGCCCAGUCUGUUGCCACAGCUCAUGUUCACAUACAAUCAUACCAUACAUUGUUCCACCGGGUAUACCCCUUUUUACUUGAUGUUUGGGCAGAAGCUGCGACAAGUCUUGGGACGGCUACGAGACCAUGGGCUCAAGAUCAAGCCAAAGAAAUGCCAGCUGUUCCGACAGCAAAUAGAGUACUUAGGACAUGUGGUCACCCAGGAGGGGGUAAAACCGGCCCUCAGCAAGGUGGAGGUCGUUCAGAAGUGGCCCCGGCCAAGUACGCUACGGGAGGUACGGGCGUUCGUGGGACUGGCCGGCUACUACAGGAGGUUUAUACCCAAAUUCGCUCAUCUGGUGGGCCCGUUAAACGAGUUGCUAAGAGGAACGGCUGGGGGCCCGAAGAAACGCCCCGUCAACUGGGGGCCCCGGCAACAAGAGGCCUUUGAAGCAGUGAAAGAGGCGCUGACCAAUGCCCCGAUCCUGGCUUACGCACGGUUUGAUACCCCAUUCCUGCUGUAUACUGAUGGAAGCCUAUAUGGUCUGGGGGCCGUCUUGUCCCAAGUCCAGGAUGGACGGGAGAGAGUCAUCGCCUAUGGGAGCCGGUCCCUGAGAGAGUCAGAACGCAACCCUGAUAACUAAGCCAUGACCGAAAGGUUUGCAGAAUACCUGAAUGGUGCAGAAGUGACCGUGAUGACGGACAACAACCCGUUGGCACACCUGGAGAAUGCCAAGCUCGGCGCACUUGAGCAAAGAUGGUUGGGAGCAUGCUUUCAGGGUACUCUAAUGAAUGAACUGUACCAACUGUAUGGGAUUGAACGCUCCCGAACCACUCCAUAUCACCCACAAGGAAACGGGGCGUGCGAACGCUUCAAUCUCACCUUGCUUCAGAUGCUGCGG